AUAUUCAAAUUCACAACCUUUUUUACCAUUUUCAUGUCAAAUUAUAAAUAUUGGAUGUCCUUCAGUUAAAGUAACAGGAUUUACUACACCAGAAUUUAUUGGAGUUAAAAAAAUAUUUGAAGAAAAUAUUAAAAAUGGAUUAGAUAUUGGAGCAAGUGUUAGCGUUUUUUAUAAUAAUAAUAUGGUAAUAAAUUUACAAGGUGGAAUUGCUAAUUUAAAUAAUGGUAAAAUUUAUGAUUCAGAAACUUUACAAUUAGUAUUUUCUAGUAGUAAAGUUUUAACAGGAAUAGUGAUAGCUAGACUUGUUGAACAAGGACUUUUAAAUUAUAAUGAGAAAAUUUCUAAAUAUUGGCCAGAAUUUUCCCAAAGUGGUAAAGAAAAUGUUACUUUAUUGGAUUUAAUAGUUCAUCGUGCUGGUGUAAGUUAUAUUGAUUCACAUCAAAUGACUUUAAAAGAUUUAUCAAAUCUUGAUUCAUUAUCAAAAAUUCUUCAAUCUCAACCUCAUAAUUUUAAUGGUAUACCAACAAAAGCAUAUCAUGGAGUUUCACGUGGUUGGUAUUUAAAUGAAAUAGUUCGUAGAGUUGAUCCAAGACAUCGUACUAUUGGUCGUAUAGUUUCUGAAGAAAUUGCACCAGUUUAUGAUAUUGAAUUUUAUUAUUCAAUAAAUAAGAAAUCAUUAUAUGAAAGGGUAGCAAGUAUUUAUUCUUAUCCUAUAAUUAGAAUACUUGCGAAAUUUUUAUUACCAAAAUGGAUGAUUAGCGAACCGUUAGAACCAAUUUUUAAUGAAAUGAUGAAUAAAGAAAGUGUAACUUAUAAAUCUCUUAUUCAAACAGCUCCGGAUAGAAGUCAACCACAAGAUUGGAAUAGAUAUGAAAUGUUAAAUUAUGAAGGUCCUAGUUAUAGUGGUGUUACUAAUAGUAAAUCUAUGGCAAAAAUUGCAGCUAUGAUGGCUAAUGGUGGUAAACCUGUUAAUGAUUCAUCAGCAGAAGUUCUUGAACCAUCUAUUUUAACAAAAAAUACUUAUGAUCUUAUUAUGACUAAAUUACCGGAAGUUUUUGAUGAA